AGAUAAAAGAGGCCAGGCCAUGUGAGGCUCCUUCGUCUCACUCGUCCCUCUCCACUCCCCUGCUCCGUCUCACUCUCACUCACUCGCCUCGCCAUCCAUUCAUCUGCAUCCUUGUCCCAUUGCAAUCAUUUCGCUCCCCUGCUGAUUCUAUAAAAACGCCGGCACGAUCUACCCCGCACUCCCAUUCACAAGGUGACACUUCCAGUUGCAGAGCUUCUCACGAUGCAGUGCCAUGGCAGGAGAUCUGCGCUCUUCGCCGUGGCCGUGGCCGUGGCCGCGGCCAUCGUGGCGGCGGCGGCUGCGGCGGAGGUCGUGCACGAUGGCCGGAGGACUUACAUCGUGCACUGCUCGCACGCCGCCAUGCCCAGCGAGUUCGCGGCGCACGGCGACUGGUACGCCUCGUCGCUGCAGUCCGUGUCCGGCGGCGCCGCCGCGGUGAUCUACACCUACGACACCCUGCUCCACGGCUACUCGGCGCGGCUCACCGGCGCGGAGGCCCGGGCGCUGGAGGCGCAGCCCGGCGUGCUGCUCGUCAACCCGGAGACGCGGUACGAGCUGCACACCACCCGGACCCCGGAGUUCCUCGGGCUGGACAGGGCGGAGGCGCUCUUCCCCGAGUCCAACACCGCCAGCGACGUCAUCGUCGGCGUGCUGGACACCGGCGUGUGGCCGGAGCGGCCCAGCUACGACGACGCGGGCUUCGGCCCCGUGCCGGCGGGCUGGAAAGGCAAGUGCGAGGGCGGGAGCGACUUCAACUCCUCCGCGUGCAACCGGAAGCUCAUCGGCGCCAGGUACUUCCUCGCCGGGUACGAGGCGUCCAAGGGCCCCGUGGACACGUCCAAGGAGUCGCGCUCCCCCAGGGACAACGACGGCCACGGCACGCACACCUCCAGCACGGCGGCGGGCUCCGCCGUCCGCGGCGCCGACCUGCUGGGCUACGCGUCGGGCACGGCCAAGGGCAUGGCGCCGCGCGCGCGCGUGGCCACGUACAAGGUGUGCUGGGUCGGCGGCUGCUUCAGCUCCGACAUCCUCAAGGGCAUGGAGGUGGCCGUCGCCGACGGCGUGGACGUGCUCUCCCUGUCCCUCGGCGGUGGCACGUCUGACUACUACCGCGACAGCAUCGCCGUGGGCGCGUACAGCGCCAUGGAAAGGGGAAUAUUUGUGUCCUGCUCGGCCGGGAAUGCCGGGCCGGGCGCGGCGUCGCUGACGAACGGCGCGCCAUGGAUCACCACCGUGGGCGCGGGGACGCUCGACCGCGACUUCCCCGCCUACGUCACCCUCGGCAACGGUAACAAGUACAACGGCGUCUCCCUGUACAACGGCAAGCAAUUGCCCACCACGCCGGUGCCGUUCAUCUACGCAGGGAACGCGUCGAACAGCAGCAUGGGCGCGCUCUGCAUGACGGGCACCCUCAUCCCUGCCAAGGUCGCCGGCAAGAUCGUCCUCUGCGACCGCGGCACCAACGCCAGGGUCCAGAAGGGAUUCGUCGUCAGAGAUGCCGGUGGUGCCGGCAUGGUGCUCGCCAACACCGCCGCCAACGGCGAGGAGCUGGUCGCCGACGCGCACAUUCUCCCGGGCGCCGGCGUCGGAGAGAGGGCCGGCAACGCCAUGAGAACCUACGCGUCGUCCGAUCCAAAGCCGACGGCCAACAUAGUGUUCGCUGGCACGAAGGUUGGGAUCCAGCCGUCGCCCGUCGUGGCCGCCUUCUCGUCGAGGGGGCCGAACACCGUGACGCCGGGCAUCCUCAAGCCGGACCUGAUCGCGCCGGGGGUGAACAUCCUCGCGGCGUGGUCCGGAUCCGUCGGCCCAUCAGGGAUCGCCGGCGACGACCGGCGCACCAGCUUCAACAUCAUAUCGGGCACGUCCAUGUCGUGCCCGCACGUGAGCGGGCUGGCGGCGCUGCUCCGGUCGGCGCACCAGGACUGGAGCCCGGCGGCCAUCCGGUCGGCGCUGAUGACCACGGCGUACGCCGCGUACCCCAACGGCGACGGCCUCCUCGACGUGGCGACCGAGCGCGCGGCCACGCCGCUGGACAUGGGGGCCGGCCACGUCGACCCCAGCAAGGCGGUGGACCCGGGGCUGGUGUACGACCUCACCGCCGCCGACUACCUGGACUUCCUCUGCGCCAUCGAGUACGAGCCGGCGCAGAUCGCCGCGCUCACCAAGCACUCGUCGGACCACUGCAGCGCCAACCGCACGUACUCCGUGGCGGCGCUGAACUACCCGUCGUUCUCGGCCACGUUCCCCGCGGCGGGCGGCACGGAGAAGCACACCCGCACGCUGACCAACGUCGGGAAGCCCGGCACGUACAAGGUGACGGCGGCCGCGGCGGCGGGCGGCACGGCGAUCAAGGUGUCGGUGGAGCCGUCGACGCUGAGCUUCAGCAAGGUGGGCGAGAAGAAGAGCUACACCGUGAGCUUCGGGGCGGGCGGGAAGCCGUCGGGCACCAACGGGUUCGGCCGGCUGGUCUGGUCCAGCGAGCACCACGUGGUGGCCAGCCCGAUCCUGGCGACGUGGACCUGAGCGACCGCCCGCCCGGGCGGUAGCUGCUGCUAAUUAGCAAUGCCGUCGAGGCGCAGAACGCGGCGGGGCAGCAAUGGCGCCGCCGUUCUCGAUCGGAAGGAAGCAAGAUGGAUGCGUGCGUGCGUGUGUGUCGAUUUGCCGUGGCGAUUUACUGAUUUCAUUUGCCGUCUCAUUUUCUUGCUGCCGCUCGCGGGUGCAGCCGUGUUAGUAGUUGUGGCAAACUGGCAAUGUGUCAAAUGGGCAUAGAUUUGAUUGAAUGGCGAGAAAGUGAGUGAUUGAUCAAGUUGGGUGUAGUCCUAAACAGAGACAGAUCGAUGGAUAAUGGACCAGCAAAUCAAAUGGUAUCCGCAAUCUAUCUGUUCAUCAUUUUAUUAUACUCCAAGUAUCUAUGCCUAGCAUGCGCCAUUGAAGCAUGAAUCA